GUCAACGGACGACAACGAUUCUCAGCGCUCCGUGGCCGUUAUUUCGUUUUGGCUCUUCCGCCGGUACGCACCCUCUCCCGCGGCGCAUUCGUUAUUCGUUCUUCACGGCACGCACCACUUUCACGUUGUCCAUCCGCUGUGAGCACAAACGGUCGAUUUUAUUUUUUGCUUUUAUUUGCCGUUCACCUAGAAACGAUUAAUCAUGUCUGACGGUGAUUGGGAUGAUGGUGCAAGUUCUUCGAACCAUAGAGGUCGUGGAGGUGGUCGUGGUAGAGGAGGUGGUCGAGGUAGAGGAGGCUUUAACAGAAAUAAUGAUUUUGACUCUAAUACUCAAGGUGAUGAUUGGGGUAGUAAUGGUGGUGGUGGUGGUGGUGAUGAGUGGUCUGGUGACAACAAUGGAGAACGUGAUGGUGGAUCACGUGGACGUGGUAGAGGUAGAGGAAGAGGAGGUAGAGGAGGAGGCAGAAGUUUCGAUCAAAAUAAUGAUGCAGAGGAAGGCGGUGAUUUUGGUGGUGAUGACCAGCAGCCUCCAGUUUCUGAUAAGCCUAGACCAACAUACAUACCUCCAGAAAUUGAUGAAAAUGAUGAAUAUGGAAUUGGAGUUGGAAGCAAUUUUAAUAAAUAUGAAAAUAUAGAAGUGAAAGUUAGUGGUGAUUCUGUUCCCAAACAUAUUGAAUCCUUCAAGAGUUCUGGUUUGCGUGAAGUAUUAAUAGAAAAGUUGGUCAAAUGCAAUUAUACAACACCUACUCCAAUCCAGAAGUAUGCUAUUCCUGUUAUUAUUAAUGGACGCGAUAUGAUGGCUACUGCCCAAACUGGUUCUGGUAAAACAGCUGCAUUUGUUUUGCCAAUUGUGCAUACUUUACUCUCUCAACCACAAGAUUUAGUGUUUGAUCGGGAUUACUGUGAACCUCAAUGUGUUAUUAUGUCACCAACUCGAGAGUUGGCUAUACAAAUCCGUGAUGUUGUCUAUAAAUUGACGAAUGGAACUUGUAUUAAACAAUCAAUUCUCUACGGUGGCACUGCAACAGGACAUCAAAGGAAUACACUUGCUAAUGGUAUCCAUAUAUUAGUUGCAACACCUGGACGUUUGAAUGAUUUUGUUGGUCGAGGAUAUGUAUCAUUUAAAUCAUUAAGGUUCUUUGUGUUAGAUGAAGCAGAUAGAAUGUUGGAUAUGGGUUUCAAACCAGAUAUUGAAAAAAUAUUAAAUCAUGAAACAAUGGUGGAUAUUUAUACUAGACAAACACUUUUAUUUUCUGCCACGCUAGCAGAUGAUAUUCAAAUGUUAUCUAAAGCUUAUUUGAAACCAAACUAUGUCUUUGUCGCGGUGGGUGAAAUUGGAGGUGCUUGUAAAGAUGUUAUACAAGAAAUUAGAGAAGUCUCCAAGUUCGAAAAAAAGAAAGAACUAAUUAAAGUUUUAGAAUCCUUAGGAAAUUGUCAAGGAACUAUGGUUUUUGUAGAACAGAAAAGAAAUGCUGACUUUAUCGCUGCAUUUUUAAGUGAAAAAGAUUAUCCUACUACUAGUAUUCAUGGCGAUCGAGAACAACCCGAAAGAGAACAAGCCUUAAGAGAUUUUAAGAAUAAUAAAAUGAAAAUAUUGGUUGCUACUGCAGUUGCUGCUAGAGGCUUAGAUAUUAAAGGUGUUAAUUGUGUUAUAAAUUUUGACAUGCCUAGCUCUAUUGAUGAGUAUGUUCAUAGAAUUGGUCGAACAGGCAGACUGGGUAAUUCUGGUAGAGCUGUUUCAUUUUAUGAUAGUAGCAGUGACAAUAACUUAGCAUCAGAACUUGUUAGGAUUCUUAAACAGGCUGAUCAAGAAGUGCCAUCAUUCCUAGGUGGUUCAGGUGGUGGCAAUUCCUAUGGCGGAAAUUCUUAUGGUGGAAGUAACAAUACUUGCAGUGAUGUUAGAGAGACUACACCGGCAGCUGCUGGAGAUGACGAAUGGUGAAGCUGAUUAGUUACUUGGAUUAUUAUUUAUUUAAAUUACUUGAAAUAUGAACUGAUUAAAUUAAGUUAUUGACUAUUUUAAUGUACUUUGUUAUAUAAUUUUUGUACAACUUAAUUAGUUAUAUAAUUAUUUACCUUCUGUUCUUAUUAUGUUGUAUACAUAUUAUCUUGUUGGUUAUGUUAAAAUGUUUAAAUACAUUGAACAGUUAUAAUAAUA